CCUGCUUAGUCAGACUGCGCCUGCGCACGCAGUGAAGGUCCUUCUUUACUUCCUUCAGCCGGCAGAUAAUGGCUCCUAAUAUAAAGGCACAGACAGAAUCGGUAGUUUAUUAUCUACUGGCAGAUGAAGAUGAAUGCGAUCGGUCGUAUGGAGAUGUGGAAUCUGACAGCAAAGAAGCCCCAGGCGACUUUGACCCAGUGAUAAUUGCGGAUAGGCUGAGAACUAUCGGUGAUGCUCUGAAUAAAGACCAGAGUUUUACUAAAGCAAUUAAGGAUCUAACUGAAGCAGUUACAGAAGAGGCUGUAGCUACAGUGUUCGAGCAAAGUGUGGAGACCCUGUGUGAAACCUACGUCUCUCGGGAAGCUGCGCUAGCCCCGGAGUUGCAGCUGAUCCAUGCAUCAGUGGCAUUGGGGCUCUAUUUGAAGAAGAACUCUCCAGCUCUUAAAGACAAAGUGAGGAACGCUAUGAGUAACUUCCUCAACAGUCGUGUCAGUAGAUGGGUUGCUCAACAAGGUGGUUGGGAUAAAGUGCCAGUCGCCAUGUAAGUCUUGCCAAAUGAAUGUCCAUGUAAUGAAGAUCGGCAGCUUGAAAAAGCCAAACAUCAGCAGCCUUCCGCUUUUUGAUCGGUGAUGUUUAGGGUUUUUGCUAAUGCACACAACGACACGUGAUAAUAAACUAAGCCUUCUCAUCAGACCAUGCCUUUGCAAAAACAAAGAAAACUUGACGUACUUAAUGUUCAAUUAUGGAUAAGUUUGAACUCAAACUGUGAAAAAAAAAUUACAUCAAUGAUAUUUUUAUUGUCAACCUUCUAGCAAAUAUUUUAGGAUUUUGGAGAUUUGAUACUGUGAAACUCCAAGCUGAGUGGAAAAAUUACAAAGCUUGAUGCUACAACAACCGUGUUUCACUGCAGACAAAGUUCUCUUUAUUUGUUUUUGCCAUUAAAGAUUUGCGUUCUCGGUUAGAUUAUACAGGAUUUAUUACAAAUUAAAGGUGGAAAUCAUUUUGAAAUGGCAACCCUGGCAUUGUAACAACUGUGUUUAUAUGUUUUAGAUCUGGAUGAUGCCUUAUAAGUACAAUUUCUUAAACAGCCAAAAUGUAAAUUAAGAUGGGAAAGCAACAAAAUAAAAGGAUAAAAAUGCUGUUGAAACGUUUAUCUUUGUAAGAACAUGUUGUUAUUAGAGAACAAUCUCUCUACCAUCACUGGAUCUCCAUUACAUCUCUACUUGGAUUGUUGAACAAUUUUCAUGGUCUUGACUUCAGCCUUUUUAGUAUGGAUUUUGUUUUUCUUCAGGUUUUUCUUUUCCAUUUCUUAACAAAUCAAAUGACUACGUGAAACCUCAAUGACUGUUUUAUUUUUGAUCCUAUGAAUUGUCCAAGUGCAAAUAUUUAUUAAAUCUUUGCAGAUGAGCCAGUUCAUGUUGUUCUUUGAACACUUAUGACCCUCUCUCUUCUGCAUUAAUUUUAGCAUUACUUUAUAAACUUGGUCUUCUUCUUGGGAUAAGGUACAUUUAAAAUGCAAAUACUUUAAAAUGUUUUCCGUCUCUCUUAAUUAAAAACAUUAAAGCACAAAUACGGGUUUAUGAAUCUAUUAUCCUUUGGUGUUCAAUUUCUUCCUUUCUAACACUGUUUAUAAUAAAAACAAAUGUGUACGUGUUCUACCAUUUGUAUGUUGUUGAUUAUGGGUGACUGAUUUGGUGUCAUAGUUAAAUGUGAAUGGUUUGUCACUUAUUUUACCAACUGAGCUCAAGCCAACUGUAACAAAUGUUAGCAAAUGUUUUUUCGGAGAUCUUUUGCUUGUACCAUUGUGCCAUUGUUUUUGUAAUGAUUAAAAUAAAAUUAUUUUGUGCUACUUUU